AUGCCAGGCAAGAUCAAGUCGUGGCCCGCAUGGCGGGAAUACGGCCCAGAUGCCAAUGGGUACCAUCCCAAAGAUCCAGAGUAUGCUGCCAGCAAGAGAUCGAUUCUCGAGCAAUAUGGCCAGGAGGCUCUUGAGACCAGUUGGCUCCAAGUAUGCCAGGAUCUGGAAGCCGUCACAUCAGAUCUUGCGAAUAAGAGAAGCAACUGUGUGCCUAUCUUCAACAGUAAAGAUGUUCUGGGAGGUGGCUUUUCUGAGGACCAGUUGGCACAGAUCAAGCAGUAUGGCUGCUUUGUUGUUCGCCAGGUCAUCCCAGAAGCCACGGCCACUGGAUUGUACCAGAACCUCAAGUCCUACAUUGCCGAUAACAAGGCACAUAUUAAAGGCUGGCCAGCGGAAUCUCCCAGUAUGCUGCUCAUUUACGACUCGCCCACGCAGAUCGCCGUGCGAACCCAUCCAGAUCACCUGAAGCUGCAGCGGCUGCUGAAUCAGCUGUGGCAUGAUGACUCUGGCCACGCGUCUUCCGAUCCGCUGUUGUACAGCGACGGCGUCCGGGACCGUCCACCCCAGCAGGAGUUUUUGGGCCUCGGGCCUCAUAUCGAUGCUGGAAGCCUUUGCCGAUGGGCUGAUCCAACCUACCGAAAGGUAUACCAUCACAUCUUCUCCGGGAGUCCACGACAGCACGACGCCUUCGAUCUCACUAUCCGCAAAGACGCUGAUCAAUUUUUAUUUCCUGGAGCUGCGCACUCCACGGUUUUCCGGUCGUUCCAGGGCUGGACGGCUCUUACCAAAGCCGCCGCAGAAGAAGGAACGAUACUGCUGUACCCAAACAUAACCACAGCGAUUGCAUACAUUUUGCUCCGACCGUUUUUCAAGCCUCCUGCUAGCCAAGCAGACAUGUUGGAUGCCAGCAAGUGGACAUUCGAUGCAGAAGGUGCUUGGUUUCCUGGCACGUUCAAGGAACAUAGUCAAUAUCUUAGCAGAUUAUCACAUCCGCACCUCCGGCUGGAAGAUUGUCUCGUACAUGUACCGCUUAUCAAGCCAGGUGACACUGUCUGGUGGCAUGCAGAUCUUUGUCAUGCAGUGGAUCCUGAGCAUAAUGGCGACGAAAACGCCAGCGUCGCAUAUGUUGCCGCCUGCCCAAGAACAGCUGUUAAUGAGGCUUAUAUCAAACACCAGCUUCAAUCAACACUGGCUGGUAAGCCGCCUCCAGAUUAUGCCGAUGGCUUGAACACGGACGAGACCAAAUUCAGGGGAUACACUGGCCAUCAAGGUCUUUCUAAUGAGGCCCAAGCGGCGCUCGGUUACAGCCUAUGA